AUGGUCUAACUACAUAACUUUUUCUUUUUCAUUACUUCCAUGGUCGUUCCUCGUGGAACGGAAGCACCCGUACUAUUGAAAUGGUUUGUAAGUAGAGAUGUUCCCACAUGUGCCCUUUUUUCCAAUGGUACUAUAUUUCCUAUUCCUAUCCCUUCAUUCCCUCUUUUGGUCUAUCAACAUUCUAGGAAAUUCAUACGCUCCGUGGACGGAGCAAAAAGUGGAGUCUUGGUUAGAGCGAGCCGCCAUAUUCUAUUACCAGAGAUAAUUGGGAGACGCUCAUCUGAAGCUAGAGCUAUAAACACUUUAUUUCAUUUCGUUCCCGUUCUUCAUUUCCUUAUUCUCGAAUCCAAGGGGGAUUUCCCAUAUUUAGAAUCUUUAUGUGGUAUGCUCCAUUUACUAUUCUUUCGUACUUUCUUCUUUUUACCACGUGAUAGGUCAGCGACUGAGCAGGCAUGGAGAAGGAAAGGCCAAACACUUUGGCCUAACGGGAAUGAGCAACGACGAAAUGAGAAGAUGAGGUGCCUCAGGCCCCAUUUAGAAAGAAGGGUCGAAGGUUUUGGGCAUGUAGCUUUCCCCGUCCCCCCUUCAUCGGGCGGUGCUUGUGUGGAGGGUGCGCCACUUGAAAUUGGGCUUGAAGCUCUCACCUUACCAACAAGCCGAGAGCUGAUGGCUGUUGGUCAUGACUACUAUCAAAAAGCUCCUAUGAAGAUGAAUAUUUCACAUGGAGGAGUGUGCAUCUUUAUGUUGGGUGUUCUUCUAUCGUGCAACCCGGCGGCUUAUGUGCGACCUGUGGCCCACGCCUCCUAUUUGUUCAAGGCGGGCAUCAUGAACUCUAAUUUGAUCCGGGUAUUCAACCCCACCGCUGAGAUCCUCGCUGCUCGGAAACACCCAGUGUUGACCACACUGAGAGACAUGAAAGUGCAGGUAACGCUAGUUGAUGAAGUGGCAUUAAGCAUCCCUAGCGGUACGAAAAGAGGGGUCGUGAUGAUAUCAUCCAAAUCCGUACCACUCCUACCAGGCCGUGAGCGUGGUGGAAACGGGCUUCCCAGGAAGCGCCCGUACCGGGGUCAGCAUAGAAUGAAGGGAACGACCCUAAUCUUGUGUUGGCUUUGCCAACUUAUGGGGUUGUGGGCGGUGAAAAGCGGACGUGGGGACUCGGGUCGGGGCACAACGUAACUAAGAGAGCCAUUCCAUUUAGGGCUUGUGAAAAAGCAAACUUAUCCCCGCCCCGACUGGAAGCUGCUAGGUUUCCCCAUCUCUUCUACAUCUCCCCCGGUCUUCGGCACGAGCUGUAUGAGGCAAAAACUCAUCCCACAUAUGGUUCGGAGGUCGAGCCCCACCCCAACAGUAAGGGUGCGGCUUAGGUCAACUAACAGAAAAAAGAUACAAUUCACUCAACGAUUUCAUUUGGGUUCCGAACUCCAUAUGGGGAAGGAGUGUUGUUGUUUGCGAGGUCUUGAUCAUUUACGUGGACCUAAUUUUCAUUCAAUUUGUGGGAAUUUGAUGAUCUAUAAACCAUCCCUAACGAGCGAUCAGCUCAUGUUUGAGCUUGAUGAAUCACUUCGUGCCAACCUGGUGCCAAUCCAGUUUCCGGCCUCAUAUGAGAAUGGAAAACUGGAGCAUUUUUUCUAUCGGUGGAUGAAGAAUCGCAAACAUAAUAAUUUUUGGUUGACCAUGUUCCCAGAAAAAAGAUACUUUCGAGAAAGGACGAGCACGACUGAAGUGGCUAUUUAUACAUAUCUAUUUAUGGAUCUAUAUGCUUCGAUUGGAACUGGAAGUUCUAGAAUAGGUGGCUGGUAUACCACAAUAAUAAAACUUCCUUUUAUUUUUUUUAUUCGGAUCGGAUUUAUGUUGGCUUCGUUGGGAGGCUCGCGUAGUUUGUUACGUCAACUCCAAAAGGAUAAGUUGAGUUGGAAUUGAUAAAGUUCCGUGGAGUUCAUAACUGCAUAAAAGGAGUCAAAGUAG